AAACUAUUGCUUACUUCCACUGCUGCUAGUGCUAUUCUACUAUGCUUCUACUCCUCCACCCAAUUCCAACGCGCUCUUUUCUUCAUUCUUGAUUGGCUUCCGUGACCGCCGGUGGCGGUGGACACAGAUCCCCAUCUCACAUUCUUAGAAUAUCACACGCUUUCUUGGGUUCAUCUUCAUGGAAACCAGCAACACAGCCAAUAAGUUGCAGAAGAAGCGCAAAUGGUUCCUUCUGUUUGUUUUUUCGCUCUUAUUCUCUACUCUUUUGAUUCUCAUUACCAUUACUUUUUCGUCCGCUUCUACCCAGUUGCUGUUUCUUCGCCAGCUUGGAAACACUAAUAAUUUCCGUCCUCAGUUUCCGCAUUUUGUGGAAUUUAAGUUGCCUAAACCUGUGGUUUCACCAAGAAGGUUACCUCGGCUUGCGUAUUUGAUAUCUGGAUCUGCUGGGGAUGGAGUGAGCGCGAAGAGGACACUGAAAGCGUUGUAUCAUCCGAGGAAUCAGUAUGCGGUGCAUUUGGACUUGGAAGCGACGUCGGAGGAGAGGUUGGACCUAGUGAUGUGGGUGAGAAGCGAGAAGCUUUUUAAGGAGGUGGGGAAUGUGAGGGUUGUUGUGAGGUCUAAUUUGGUAACGUAUAGAGGUCCUACUAUGGUUAGUAAUACCCUUCAUGCUGCGGCCAUUUUGUUGAGGGAUGGUGGGGACUGGGAUUGGUUUAUCAAUUUGAGUGCUUCCGAUUAUCCCUUGCUUACUCAAGAUGAUCUGCUUCAUACUUUGUCUACAAUUCCAAGAAACCUUAAUUUUAUUGAGCACACCAGUGACAUUGGUUGGAAGGAGUAUCAGAGAGCCAAGCCUGUCAUAAUUGAUCCAGGGUUGUACAGCCUGCAAAAGUCAGAUGUUUAUUGGGUCUCAGAGAAAAGGAGUGUGCCAACAGCAUAUAAGCUGUUUACAGGUUCUGCUUGGAUGAUGCUUUCUCGCCCUUUUGUGGAAUAUUGCCUUUGGGGUUGGGACAACCUCCCAAGGAUAGUCCUCAUGUAUUAUGCGAACUUCCUAUCUUCUCCUGAGGGGUAUUUCCACACGGUAAUCUGCAAUGCUGAGGAGUUCAAGAACACUACAGUUAACCAUGACCUUCACUUCAUAUCUUGGGACAACCCUCCCAAACAACACCCACAUUUCCUCACAGUUGAUGACUACCAGAGAAUGGUUGACAGCAAUGCCCCAUUUGCUAGGAAAUUUGGCAAGAACGACCCAGUUCUUGACAAGAUCGAUUCCAAUAUUUUGGGUCGCACAGCUGAUGGUUUUGUUCCAGGUGGGUGGUUCAGAAACAAAGGAGAUGCAAAUGGGACAAUCCCAGAUAACAUCAACACAAACACAACUGAACUUAAUCCUGGCCCUGGUGCUCAAAGGCUGAAGCGUCUGAUCACUAGUCUUUUGUCAGCAGAAGAUUUUCACUCGACACAUUGCAUCUGAGUCACUGUUUCUAUGUCCAGAGAGAUAAUGUUGCAGAAAGGCCAAAUUUUUGCUUAGUCAUUUCAUUGAUGGAUCCUUUCUAGUGGUAACAGAAGACUGCAAAUGGGACAAAGAACAAGACUAUAGCCUAUAGGAACAUAUGGGGGAAUGGAAACUACUCCCUGUCUAAAGUAUAUGAUAUACAAAUAUUUUGUAGCUCAAUAGCUGGAUUGGCCAUAUGUAGAUCAGUGUAUCAUUUGUUUUACAUCAUUUGUAAAAUUUAAACCAAUCAUAUUAACUAGAUAAGGUGCAUGUUACUUUGAUUUUGAGUUCAAAUUAAUAUCAUCAGUUAAUAUGAUGUAA